CGGCUAUGACAGGAAAAUACAAAUCGGCGCAUUUUGUAUUGUUUCGUCCACAAAACAAAUGUAUAUUUAUGGAUGAGGGAGAGAUGGGACCUGUAACGCAGUAAGAAUGUACCGAUUCACUGUAGGCUAAAACCCAAAUUCGUACAGACAUUUGCUCCGACAAAGAGGCCCUGAGACCGUGACCUGGAGUACAGGAUUGCAAUUUUACUCCUAGAACCAUGUACCGAGUUAUUUUGUGCGAUCUACAGAGCUCAAUUAUAGAUUCCCCGAAACAGAUGCCUGAUAAUGUGGAUUCAUUCUAAAACCAGAGCAUUCUCAUUCAAAGGUGCGGAGUCAUGGUAAACAUCUGUCACCGUGAGAGUCGUGGAGGGAGUAACCACCACGAGCAAUGCGCCGUCCUCUGUUCUGGAGUGCCUAGCUACCUCAUUGUCGCCAGCCCUGUAUGGUAGCACUGGACUGCGCAUAUGGCUUCAUUCUGAGGGGCUACAAUGGUUCCAGAUGCGGGCUUUGCAGCUGCGGUCUCGAACUCUCCAGUGAUGAAACUCUAAAUGGGAGAUCGGUGGCUUUGGCUGCAGCAUUUCUCGGCGUGGCUCCCCGCUGAGCUGGAGUAGAAGAUCCAAUUUUGCCGACCGCAGGCUGUCGGGAGAUUCCGCUAAUGCUGUUCGGUCCCUACUUGUUUAGAUGCCAUUUUCAUAGAUCUGCAAAAAUUGUCGCUUCCAGAUUCUCUCCCGAUCGUUAGUACUGAUGGGACGAGACGCGAUCAGAACAGAUCACUCGCCGAUGGCAGCAUCGCUCGUCCCCGGGAUUUUCGGCCGGCAUCUGUUGUAUGUUUUGGUUCUUUGACUGAGCAGGAAACUUGGAUUCGAAAUUUUUCUCAGUGGUCGGUGACCCAACAAGGCCAUCCGGUUGCUGCAACAAAGAUAUCGUGGAAAUGUAUUGGAGAAGGAUCUUCUUUUUCGAGGAAGUUUACCUCAGAUCUUCUCCGAUACUUGUUCACGAUGUUUGUGUUGUACCAACGCGCACCACACCGCUUCUGCAUCAGUCCCCCCUCAUCACGAACUUCUCUUUCGAGGAAAUUUACCUCAGAUCUCCGAUACUUGUUCACGAUGUUUGUGUUGUACCACUUCUGCCUCAGUGCCCCUUCAUCACACACACACACACUCCUCUCUCUCUCUCUCUCUCUUCCUCUAACACGCCUCGAUUAUAGCUGCUAGCUUUUCUAUCAUUUGUGCACACUUCACUCGAAGCCAUCUCUUGCUCAUUGGUUGAAUUGAAGCUACGAGUUGCAUAUCGGGGACCGUUCCUUGCCUUUUCGUGCAGAGAGUUUUAGUCUUAGUUUAAAUAGAAUAGAAUCUAAUUUCGGAGUUUUGUCGAAGAUCAUGGACCUUGGAACACACCACAGACUUUUGGGGCAGAUGUGUCGAAGGACUAAAUGGAACCCGACAUUGCUACAUUGACCAAUUCUGGACUUCAACAUAGACGGAAUUGCCGGAACCGAUUUCGAGGUCUCACUGAUUAGAGUCGAUCGUUCAUAGUACAAUUCGGUGAUCCUUCAGUCGCAACCGAUUACGACGAGGACAUCUGAGAGUCUCUUUCAGCAGGUCAUAGACACACAAUUAUAACUCAACUGACUACAAUUUCGAAGGAUUUGUGAUCGAAAUAUUACCUCCUCGCGAGGCCGUGUUAUACCUUGAAACGCUAUCUUAAUAUUCAUUUGAG